CAGCAAUGGGUAAGGCAAGGUCAAACAAGGCUCAAGCUCCGUGCUAUAUCGGACUUCAACCAUCGUAUAACUCACAACAGUUGAAGUGCUCCGUAUGCAUCAUCUUUCCUUCGUAAUCCUGGUUACGUUACGAGAUAUCCAUCUUCCAUUUGGAGCAGGCAGGCGCAAAUUUCCCCUCGAAGGUCGAUUUCCCGCCGUUGCAGCAGACACAAAUACGCGCUGUUUAACGGACACCUCUUUCCCUGCCUGUCAUGCUCAUGCUCUUUUUCUCUCUUGUCUUUGUUACUACUCGUGUCCUCUUUUCUUUUUUACUCAUGUCGUUUUAUUUCCCUUGGGCCCGUGUGCGGCCGCUACUUCUCUUCAGGGGGUAAGUAUGUACUUUAGAUAGUCAACACUUUGUCUUCACAGGCGGAGCUUUUUAUGGUUUGGGAUCUGGGUUUCGU